AUGAAGUCUUUCAACCAAGCAAUUUGCGUGGCAAUUCUCGCCGCCGCAUCUCUUGUGGGAGCUGCUCCUAUGCCUGCUGAAGAGAAGCGUGAUCAGUACGAUGUCACUAUGAAAUGCCAGGCUGCCUAUGCGGACCUUCUUGAGAAGCGUGACCAGUACGAUGUCACUAUGAAGUGCCAGGCCGCUUACGCCGAUCUGAUCGAAAAGCGUGAUCAGUACGAUGUGACUAUGAAGUGUCAGGCUGCUUACGCCGAUCUGAUCGAAAAGCGUGAUCAGUACGAUGUCACUAUGAAGUGCCAGGCCGCUUACGCCGAUCUAAUCGAAAAGCGUGACCAGUACGACACCACCAUGAAAUGCCAGGCUGCGUAUGCUGACUUGCUCGAGAAGCGGGAUCAGUACGAUGUAACCAUGAAAUGCCAAGCUGCCUAUGCGGACCUGCUCGAGGAUAAUUAG